AGUAUAAAAUUAGCAAGCUAAAAGUAUAAAAUUAGCAAUGGAUCCAAUGGAGUGGUUCGCGUGGAACUUAAAACAGUGGCGAGAUGAGCUAACAAAAACAGACCUGGAUGAUAAAAAGCAAGUGGAGAGACUGUAUAAGCACGUUAAGGCCCAACAGACAAUAAGAUGGGAGCUAAUGUGCGAGUGGUUGAGAAAAUCUGACGGAGAGAAUCUUCCUUAUGAUUCUGAACCCUGGUUGUCUUCUGAGGAACCUCCUCCUCAGGAAGAAGCUACGGCUAGCGCCGCGGAGGUGGUUAACUCCAUGAGUCCCGACGCCCUCCAGCGGGAAUUAAAUAAACUAUCCAGCAUUUUAUCCGAUGAUGAAGUGAGCGACCUCGAGUCACUUCCUCGAGAUAACUCCAGAGAUAAGAGAGACAAGCUGGACGGAAGGGAACAUAAGUCUUAUAGUGACCUUGUGUCCGGGGAAGAGUCCGAGUCUUCCUGGUCAAGCAAAAGGUCCAGGGUUGGCAAGUCCAGGUCUUCCCCUCAGGAACGGCUCAAGGUCAAGGCUAAGGCCCAGGUUUCUGCUAAGACUGCUAAGAAGGAUAAGUUGCGGAUUCGUGAAAGGGAAGAGAGGGAGGAGAGAGAAAGAGAUAGGGAGAAGAGGGACAGGGACUUUAGGGAACUGGCUAGGAAACUCAGGAGGAGUCUGUCGCCCAGGAGGAGCCUUUCGCCGAGGCGAAAGAGCCCUUUGAGGAUCCCCAGGGUCAUUUUGGGUCCGGAGUGCUUCCGAUGUGGGAAAUUGGGACACAAGUUUCGCGACUGCAGGGAAAAAUUCUGUCGCAAGUGCAAGCUGCCCAAUUACACUGUUCAUACUUGCCCCAACUGCAGGUUUGAUGAGCUGGAUGACAAUAAUUGGAGCGUCGUUAGGAAGAGGCCUGUCAGUCCCAGGAAGAAUGAUAAGAGCCCGCCAUCUAUACGCAGGAGGAUAAGAUAGAUUUUUUUGUUUGUGCCAGUGCUCAUUUUUUUAGGUUAGAAAUACUGAGAUUUUUUUUUUGAAAAAAAAUUUUUUUUGAAAA